AUGCAGCGAGCUUUUAUAGCUAUCCUCACCCUUUCUCUUGGGACAGCAGGGGCUGCUCCCAGGUACAUCUGCACGUACUACGAUGUCAUCGAGCACCUGAACAUCACCUCCCACAGCAAGCUGCACGCGCACAUACUGCCAAAGACAAACUGGAAGGAGCCUCUGGAAGUGAACAUGGAUUUCAUGCUGAUAGCUAUUCUCUCUGUGGAGUGGAGGAACGCCUUUGUGACUUGGGACCCGCAGGAUUUCUGCAACAUCUCCAAAAUUGUUCUGCCAAUGGAUUCCUAUUGGUCGCCCCCCAUCUUCAUUUUAGAACGGGUGAACGAACAGAAGUCGGACUUGGAGUACAUGGUUGUCACGCACAAUGGCACCUUCAACACAAGCCACCCCUUCCAGGUUACCUUAACGUGCAGCCUGAUGAUCCUCAAGUUCCCCUUCGACACCCAGACGUGCAACAUAAGUAUAGCUUCAUUUCUCUACCCAGUAACAGACCUUGUCAUGAAAAUCAAACGAACACCAGCUGAGAUGAUGAAAAACAGCCAGAGUUACUUCAUAACUGAUGGAGAAUGGAAGUUCACCAACCUGAGCAUCAGUGAAUACAGAGAAGGGUUGGAUGAUGAAGAAUAUCCAGUGAUCGUCUACAAGAUUUCCAUGGAGAGACGACCUACUCUGUAUAUUCUGAACCUGAUCCUGCCAACGUGCGCACUGUACCUGCUCGAUAUGGCUGUGUUGUUUGGACCCAGCUCUCUCGAGGAGAAAAUCAGCUUCCAGAUUUCCAUCAUCCUGGGCAGCUCCAUGUUAGCCGUGAUUCUCAACAACAUGCUUCCUACUUCCUCCAACGAACCACCCAUAAUAGUGAUAUUCUUCUUAGGCACCUUCCUGUUAAUGAUCAUGGCUGUGUUAGACACCUUCUUCCUGCUGCAUCAGCAGCACAAAUCCCUACGCUUAGACAAGGCUCUCGGAAGCAUCCAGCAAGGUAGUCACACCAAGCUGGCAACGACAGACGCCAACAACCAGGCCAUGAAACACCUUGCCAAGAAGACCCAGGAAAAGGGGCAGCAAGCCAAGCCCCGCUGGAAACCACAGGAGCAGGACCCAGUUCUACCAGUUCUGGAGAAGUGCUCUGUGGGCUAG